AUGGAGAACCAAACCAACACAGAGAUGCAUCAAAGAAAGGGUCGCAGAUUGGUUCUGUUUCCUUUUCCAUUUCAAGGCCACAUAAAUCCAAUGCUACAGCUAGCAAACAUUCUCCAUUCACAAGGCUUCUCCAUAACCAUAAUACACACCAACUUCAACUCUCCGAACCCUUCAAACUACCCACACUUCGCUUUCCAUUUUAUUCCUGAAAAUUUAUCUGAAUCUGAAGCCUCCACAACUGAUCUUGCUGUUCUUGUUCAACUGCUUAACACAAAAUGUGUAGAGCCUUUUCACGAUUGCUUAACUAAGUUGUUGUCAGAUGUUGAGGAGGAGCCAGUUGCUUGCCUGAUCUCAGAUGCCAUAUUUUCCUUCACUGAAGCUGUUGCUGAAAAUCUCAAACUCCCCAUGAUGGUGUUAAGAACCGGUGGUGCUUCCUCCUUUGUUGUUUUUACCGCUUUUCCAUUUCUAAGAGAAAGAGGGUAUCUCCCCAUUCAAGAUUCUAAAUUAGAAGAACCAGUGGUAGAGCUUCCACCUCUCAAGGUAAAAGACCUUCCAACGAUCAACUCGCGAUCUCCAGAAACAAUUUAUGAAUUAAUAAAUGGCAUGGUUGAUGGAGCCAGGGCCUCUUCAGGAUUUAUUUGGAAUACAUUUCAAGAUCUUGAGCAAUCAGCACUGGCAAAUCUUGGCCAACAAUUUUCAGUCCCUAUGUUUCCAAUAGGCCCAUUUCACAAAUGUUUUCCAGCCUCUUCAAGCAGCUUGUUGACACAAGAUCAAAGCUGCAUUUCUUGGCUAGAGAAACAAUCACCCAAGUCAGUAAUUUAUGUGAGCUUUGGAAGUCUUGCUGCAAUAAAAGAAAAUGAAUUUUUGGAAAUAGCCUGGGGGCUAGCCAAUAGCAAGCAACCAUUUUUGUGGGUGGUUCGACCCGGAUUGACCAAUGGUUCGGAGUGGCUUGAACCAUUACCAAGUGGGUUCCUGGAAAUGAUUGAUGGAAGGGGACAUAUUGUGAAAUGGGCUCCACAACAAGAGGUGCUGGCCCACCCUGCUGUUGGAGCAUUUUGGACUCAUAAUGGGUGGAAUUCAACAUUGGAGAGCAUUUGUGAAGGUGUUCCUAUGAUUUGUAUGCCUUGUUUCACUGACCAAAGUGUCAAUGCAAGAUAUGUAAGUGAUGUUUGGAAAGUUGGGGUGCAACUGGAGAAUGGUCUUGAUAGAGAAAAGAUUGAGAGGACAAUUAGAAGACUAAUGGUGGAUAAAGAAGGAGAAGAAAUCAGAGGCAGAAUUUUGUGCUUAAAGGAGAAGGCAAAUAUUUGCUUGAGGCAGGGUGGUUCUUCAAGUGAAUCCAUCGACAGCUUGGUUAGCCACAUUUUAUCAAUAGAAACAUUCACUUUCAACGCUCAUUAAGUCAUUUUAAUGCAAAUGUUAGCAUCUAAAGCGUUAUUGAUCAAAACUGAGUUACUGUUUUCCAAUAAUGAUCUCCUGUAUCUACUGCUGAUUUUAGUGUAAUACAUAUUGGGGAAGAGGGUUUUUA